GGGGCGGGACUGGAGCUCAUGGCGGCGUCCGCGAGGCUGGCGGGAGGGGGCGCUGAGGAUCCCGCAGCGUCGGAGGAUUCUCGAGUUCUGGAACCCGGGGCCGCCCCGUUCGGAAACUUCCCUCACUAUUCCCGCUUCCACCCUCCGGAGCAACGGGUCUGCCUUCUGCCCCCGGAGCUACUUCGACGGCUCUUUCCUCCCGAGGAGGGUCCGGAGAAGAGGCCGAUCCUGGGGCUCGACGUGGGGUGUAACUCCGGGGAUCUGAGUGUGGCUCUAUACAAACACUUCCUUUCCUUAAGUGAGGAGGAGACCUGCUCAGAUGCCUCCAGAGAACUCCGCCUCCUCUGUUGUGACAUAGAUCCAGUACUGGUGGAACGAGCUGAAAAAGAAUGUCCUUUUCCUGAUGCCUUGACUUUUAUCACCUUGGACUUCAUGAAUCAACAGACCAGGAAGGUUCUUUUGACCUCUUUCUUAAGCCAGUUUGGACGUUCAGUUUUUGACAUUGGUUUCUGCAUGUCAAUAACCAUGUGGAUUCAUCUGAACCAUGGGGACCAGGGCCUAUGGGAGUUCCUGGGCCACCUUUCUUCCCACUGCCAUUACCUUCUUGUAGAACCACAGCCCUGGAAGUGUUACCGGGCAGCUGCAAGGCGCCUCCGGAAGCUGGGACUCCAUGAUUUUGACCACUUCCGCUCCCUCACCAUUUGCGGUGAUAUGGCCAAUCAGAUUGUUCAGAUCCUGACCCAGGACCAUGGCAUGGAAUUAGUAUGCUGCUUUGGCAACACCAGUUGGGACCGAAGCCUUCUGCUCUUUCGGGCAAAGCAUUUCACAAGAGACAUCCAAUCCCUAAAUCACUGAUAGAAGAAGAAAAAGGAAACAGAUUAGGGUUCUGGAGGCAGUGAGAUGGAAAGACAGGAAAAUCAAGAAAGAGAUACCAAAAAAGGUUUUGUACUAAGAAUUAUGUUACUUGUAAGGCAACGAGGAAGCCUCAAAACCUGGCAGAAGCUUUUUGGGACAAUAUCCACUGCAUACAAAGGAAAGAAUCAGUGUCUGUUUCUCAUUGUUUAGGACAAUUCCAGGGGGAAAUUAAUCCAUAGAGCAGUGAGUGAGGCUGUCUGAAUUAAGACUGUGAUCCUGGUUGUGGGAAGUGGAAUGGGCUACUUUUAGAGGUGGUUUGUUGUUUUGUGGUGCUAGGGAUGGAACUACAGUCUUGUGUAUGAUGAGCAAAUAUAAUUUAUCAUUGAACCGUAUCACCAGCCCUUGGGGAUUACAGAUACUUUAGAUCAUACUAACCUGAGACUAUAUCCAUUCCCAGGGUUCCUUAAAUCAGAUCUGAUUUCCAGAGUUAUUUUCUGGACUUUCUAGGCCUGCCAUAAAGACAAAGCCUUAGAAUACAAUCCUGUAAUGAAGAGUUUUAGACUAGCUGGAAGUAGUUAGUAGAAAAAAAAAUCUUAUUUUUCUAGGGCUAGUGAAGUCUCCAACGUGCCCAGUAGUCACAGAUAACAGAAAGCUGCAUUAACUGCUGUUUAGGGCUGCUUGCUAAACAUAUGCAAAGCCCUGGGUUUGGGCUCCAGCACCACCAAAAAAAAAAAAAAAAUCUUGGAUAUUUUAAUUUUGAACCCAGUGACAGUGAUUUGGAUCUAAAAAUAGUUUAUGCCUUUAUUAUACAAUAUACAUAAAUUUUACUGUGUGAACCUC